CUUCGGCAACUUCCGGAAACCCGGAAGGGAGGCUGGCAAGCGCGUUCGGGCGUCUCCGGAAGGGCAGUGACACCCGGGCGGCAGGAGGGCGGCCGCGCUCCGGCCCCAGCUAGCCAUGCGGCUGCUCUCGCGGGCCCUCCGCGCGGCGCAAGGCUACCGGAGCCUCCGGGCAGCGCCGGUGGGACGGGCGCUGGCGCUGGCGGCGCGGCGCGGGCUGAGCCGCGUGCGGCGGCUGCGCGACAAGGAGCGGGAGCUGCGCGACACGCGGGAGCUGGCGCAAGAUGAGAAUGAAGAUUUCCGGAAGCUUGCAGAAACAGAAAUUGCUUCCUGUGAAGAAGAGAUAGCUGAACUGAAACAACAGAUAGUGUUGCUUUUGAUUCCUUCAGAAGAAACAGAUGAGAGUGAUCUUGUCAUGGAAGUAACUGCUGGAGUUGGAGGGCAGGAAGCCAUGCUGUUCACCUCGGAGAUAUUUGAUAUGUAUCAACGAUAUGCUGCUUACAAAAAGUGGAAAUUUGAAAUAUUAGAAUACUUUCCCAGUGAACUAGGUGGCCUAAGACAUGCAGUAGCCAGUAUCGCAGGCGUUGAGGCUUACAAAUACAUGAAGUUUGAAGGAGGAGUGCAUCGUGUUCAGCGGGUGCCAAAGACAGAAAAACAAGGACGCAUUCACACCAGCACAAUGACUGUUGCAAUAUUACCCCAACCCACUGAGAUGAGGCUGCAAAUUAGUCCAAAAGAUCUACGGAUAGAAACAAAGCGAGCAAGUGGAGCUGGAGGCCAGCAUGUCAAUACCACAGAUAGUGCUGUGCGGAUAGUUCACAUUCCAACAGGGAUUGUGUCUGAAUGUCAGCAAGAAAGAUCCCAAAUUAGAAACAAAGAGAAGGCUAUGCAAAUGCUAUGUGCUAAACUGUACAAUGCCAAACUAGAAGAAGAAACCAAAAAGAGAAACUAUGCUCGAAAGAUUCAAGUUGGGACUAAAGGAAGAUCAGAGAAGAUCAGAACAUACAACUUUCCACAGGACCGGAUUACAGACCACAGAAUAAGCAGAUCGGUGCAUCAUGUUGAGUCUUUCAUGCUAGGGGAAGAAAUGCUAGAUGAAAUGAUACAAACUGUGAGAGAAUAUGCUGAUUAUGAAUCUCUAAUGGAAAUUAUUUCAGAAAAUGAAAAAAAUAAUUCCUCCUGAGCAUUGUUCUUUCUCAGUCCAUUACAACAGAUGUAGACCUUGGUCUGCAAAGAAGCUUCUCAGAGCACCACUCAGAAAAUUGAACUUCUUUUUAGAUCAUGAAAAACAUCACAACUUGUUUCUUUAUGAAUAUUAAACAGUUUUCUUACUUGCUGAGUAAAAGACUCUAUUAUCUUCAUAUAAGAUGAUAUUGCUGUAGUAGUCCUUCUGAAAAGUUUAUUUGACUGCACCAGAAGUAACAAGUUUUUAACUUCUUCUGAGAACUGAUACACCACUCUCAAAAGGUAUGCAUGCAUUAAAAAAGGAGCUAUUUCUACUUCCUGUUUUCAUUUAAGCUACGGCUUAACCAUCACACAACAGUGUGAAGUUGCUUACUUGGGAGAACAAAAAAAAAUCCUGGUUUUUUUGAGUGAUUGGAAAAAAGUGAUAAAUAAAUGAUCCCACUCUAUCCA